AGGUCCUUAGUUGACGUACAGUCAUACCGUGAAGGAAAUGUAUUGUGUAAAAGCAUAAAAGUAGAUUAUAAGCUCUGACUUUCAUGGUAAAUACGAAAACCGGUCUAUUCGUUUUAUCACGAGAUUGCUACUAGCAGUGAAGGUGCAAUUAAGUUGACUAUCAUGCAACAAGGAGAAUUUGAUGUAGAUCGGAAUGCAGAUAAAUUUGCAGUGAUUAAUCUUUUAAGGCCUCGAUAAAGGAACAUUCCAUCGCUUUCUCGCAACUUUCCGUUUAAGUGUAGCAGAGAGGGUUAUGCCUAUAUACCUCUAUAGCUCUGUGCUUCUCUGAUUAUUACUGAUAAAGACGCGAAGCACGUCGAAAUUUGUGACUUUUUGGCUACGUGGUGCGUGGAUGCCAACUCACUGGUGCAAUUAACCUCAUAAUUAACGGAUUCACUGGAACUAGGUAGGAGAUGAAACAUUGAAGAUCAAUUAAGUUGCCUGGAUAUAUCUGGUAGCACAGGCAUUACUUUAGAAAGCAGUAUAGAAUGCAAGAACGAUACUGAAAAAAAAAAACGUUGUCUAUUGUUUUUGGACAUGUACAAUAGGCAUAUGUCAAUGCUUCCCCAUGCGCAAUCUCUUGUCUUUCCGUUGAUGCCCACAAUCAAAGUGUUGAUUAUUAUGGCAAAGUUGUGCAAUAUAUAUAUGCAAGCAAUCAACGGUUUAAGUAUUAUAUAUGCUUCAAUCUCAAACAAAGCUUGAUAAAAAGUAAACCAAUGAUACUAAAUAUACCUGCAGUACAGAGUACACCAAAAGAGUACAUAUCGAUGGAACCUUAAAUUCAUCAAUAAAAAACAACCACAAUAAGGCUAAACAAGACGGAGGCUAUUUGAGUCAAGCGAUACAAUGUACGUCAUGGGCCAAGCCAACCUUCGCGUCAGUGUAUCGUCGAAUUGAUCAUGAAUAACCCUAAAUUGAGUCAGUGCUCUCUCAAGUGAAACUUUAGGUGCACUACCUAUAUUUACUAACGAGAAUAAUGUUGCAUAUGUGACUUCUACGACUAUUCCAGUGAGUGAACACACUUUGUUUUCACUAUCAACUUUUGAACAGAAAAUAAGAUUAUAGCUCUAACACACUACAUGAUGAAUAACCCAGCACCACAACCUCGAUUUUAUAUGAUUUGAUUUACGCUAUUGUUGCAUUACAAUGAGGAUAUGGUAGCCGUGGAUGAGGAAUCAGAGGGUAAAGGAGAUUACACGGACUUAAGUUCAGUUCUCUUCACCAGAUUAACAGAUGACGCCAGAUACCUUUUUGCAGAGAAGGUAUUGGCGGAUUGUGUGAAGAUUUGAGAUUUGCUGUCCGUUGAUGCGGCGCACAGGGGGAGAAAGAGUAUACAUUUUAUGACUAGGGUCCGAUAUACACGGACGGAUUGCAGAUUGAAUCAUCCAUGCUUAGAACAGAGGAGGUAUAUUUCAUAAGCCAUAAUGUUCAUAAGGACUCUUCCUUCGUUUAGCCAGUAUAUUUUCUUGCAUGGAAGUUGUCAUCAGCGUAUAUAAAGUUUUACACGAUGGGUGACGAAGAUGACACGCUGUUUAUCGAGUACUCUGAAGAAUCGCCAUUCGUGAGGGCAAUUAUAGAAGAAGAAGUUAGAAAGAAAGAGGAAGAAGAUCUGGAGAGGGAAACCGAAGAGGAAGCUGCUAGGAUAAAGAAAUACGAAGUUGAUGAGAAAUUGAUCGGUUUAGGAUGGCGAAUCUACGGUCUUGUCAUCGUAACAUUCCUAAAUGCAUUGAACUACACACAGCAAUACCUUCUAAUUGUAACAAUAUUUGGCAUGGCCAACGAGUUGCAUUUUGGAGAAACACGGUGUCAGGUGAUAAAUAAAACAUUGGCACGUGACUAUCUCCACGAUGAGAACAUUACAGGAGACAUCAAUGGACUGUGUUCUGAUUUGGAAAGAUGUUUUGAGAACAGCACACUGUGCUUACCUGACAUAUGUGGAAUACAAUACACAGGACAGGGUACUCUGUAUGAAUUAUUGGCUGGUCCUAUUUACAUGAUUGUGCAAGGUGUAGUGGGCAUACCGCUGUUGGGCUUCAUCCAGUGGUUUUCAUGGCAACCAUCCUUCAUUAUAUGCAUGUUUACCACACUGUGGACGCUCUGUACUUUGUUUACAGCCUUUAUGAACGACUACUGGGCAAUCGCGCUCCUUCGCUUCUUCUUUGGUGUUUUUUCUGGCCCCUACAUACCAGUGGCUUUUUCCUACUUAGUCAGUGUCUUUCCUUCGAAGGUACAUACGCUCGUCGUCGGGAUAGCGCACUACGGUGGCAUUGCAGGAUACGGCAUCUCUUUUCUUUUCAUCUAUGUUAGUGACGCUAUCGGAUGGCGAUGGUCGUACUUCAUUUGCGGUGCAGUUGGAGUCAUCUUCGCCAUCGGAUCUUGCAUCAUGGUUAAUCCAAAAAUAAGCCAUCGAGGUCAGAUAAGGACACUGCGGCCAUCUUGGAAGCAACAACGUGAAGGUCUUAAGCAGAUUGUGUGGUCGGUAAUGCUGUCUCUGAUGUUUGCUAACACGUCACGCAUAGCGGCUUUGAACGUUGCAUCAUUCAACAUAACUCUCUACAUGGCGGAAUAUUUCCCGGACUUUAAUGUGGCAAUUAUAGGUGUGGUCGUAUUGGUGUUAAGCUUUCCUGGGAAUAUAUUCGGCGGGAUCCUCGGUGAUCUUCUGAAGAAGUCUUCUGGUUUACGGGGGCAACUGUGGCUCAGUCUUGGUCUAAUGAUUCUAACGCUUUUAUUGGUACCAUGGGUCUUCCAUACUCCAGCUGUAGUGAGUGUUGCUCUAGGAGGCAUCUAUCUUGCCGUUAGUGACUGGUUCUACGUAGUCAACCUCGCCAUCAUCUCCGACCUCACACCUCUGCAAUGCAAGACUGCAAUUUUCGCGCUCAAUUUCUUCCUCAUGUAUUCUAUAGGUGGCGCUGUCAAUCUGAUCGUUGCCCCCAUCGCUUCUCUGCUUGGUCUUCGUGAAGCGUUAACGAUUAUCACUGGAUUUUUUUCUUGUGUUCCUAUUCUUCUACUUCUCAUACCCCUCGGAUUGGUUGAGUACCUUAAGAAAAAGAUCGAGGCUUUGAAACAAGUAACUCAACAAGACAAGAAAGAAGAGGAAGUCGCAGCUGAGCACGAUGAAACCACACCUCUCACGGUAUCAUACCGUUCUCGGUAACAGACGAGGGGUCGACAUAUAUGAGAAACGAUGUCUUUACAGUCGAUCAUAAUGGUAUUUACGUGGUAGUUAAUAGCUCCCACUAUACUAUAUAUACAAUUUACGGGUCGUGGUCUAUCAUGCCUUUCAUAUAGGGUUUUUUCGCAACAGCUACGCAGACGCAUUCUAGAACGUAGAUAAGCUGUUGUCAAAUGCUCUUCAUGAUAAAGAAGUCUUUGUCGAUGGUUUGUAAAACAAAACAGGAGUUUCGUCGGUGACUCUGGACGAACGACAUAUUUGCGAUUUAGCGUUUUCACGUUACACGACAAUCAUUCUUUUCUUCAGAAAUUCUUGUUUCAGGAGAUAUCAUAGCAGUGAGUUCAUGGAAAUUUCUAUCGCAGUCACAAAUUCGUUAGUCAAUAUGUUAUCGUGCAUAUGAAACUGAAUGAAAUAUGUAUUUCGCUUUUUAAGCGCUUAAAAUUGUAUAAAAUGAAAUUUUAACAGUAAUAAGAAAUAACUUUGAGUAACUCCUGUUUGAGAAAUGUUUAUAGGUACAAUGGCAUCACAAUAAGUAAUAAUCUGCAAUGGAAAUUACAUGUUGAUAAUGUUGUAAGCAGGGCAAAUCGCCUUCUCGGCUUCAUUAGACUAAUUGCAGGCAAGUCUUCUACUGUUUCAAUAUUCUCACUUUAUAAGUCUCUUAUCCUCCCUAUAUUGGAAUAUUCCUAUCCAACAUGACAUCCUUACACCAUUCAACAGGAAAAGCAACUGGAAAGAGUGCAUCGAACUUAUGCAGCGGAAGGGGGACAUGUCUUAUGAAGACUAUCGUGCAUCAAUUGGUCUAGUCUUACCUCAAGAAGGAAUUAUUUGCUCUGUUCCUUUAUUUUCAAAUGUCUACAUGGUCACAUUCAUUGUGAACCUCUCUCAAGACUCUCAUGCAAUGUUCUUAUCAAUUCUCGUCAUCAAGAACUCCUUACAUUGUCAUCUGUCAUCGAGAACUCAUUCUCUCACUCUCUCCCCGGUUUCCAAGAAUAUGGAAUAUUCUCACUACCGACGUAUAGGAUGCUGCUGUUCUCAAUCCUCUACCCUCCUUACUCUAUAAUAAUGCCACAAUAUAAGAAGUAAGAUAAAUAUGAAUAAGAUUUACUUUGUUUGGGUUUCUUCAAUUAUUGUAUUCUAAAUUAUAUUCCAUGCUAUUAUUUAUGAUUAUAUUAAUUAACUGGGUGUGUUUAUCUCCAUAUUGCCAGAUUAUUGGAUUAGAACAGACAAUACGCAUAUUAGUUAUUAUUUCACCAGUCUAUAUACUGACCAGAAGACCAGAUUACUUUUCAAUCGUUCUCCAGUUAAAUUUAAAACAUCAAUCAGUUUAUGCAUUUUCAUUAUUCUUUUAUAUAAAUUUCACUAAGCACUGAGUUAGAUUUUUUUUUGUAAUUUGUAUGUUUUGUAAGUUAGAUAUUUGUACAUACACAGUGCUACAUGUGUGGGUGACAUGCUUCCGAGCAAUAGCUAUUUAUUAAUGCUUUCAUCACCCCCUGACCAGCACUGCUCCAUUCUGUAUCGUUUGUUUUUACCCUGUAUAAAAGUCAUUUACGUUUGUAUCAUGAUUUGAUCAAAAUUAAUAAAUAAUAAUAACAAUAAUGAUAAAAUUUCGACAUUGUGAUUACAUUUCAUAAGGAUGUUUUCAAUAUGCUUGUUUUGUUUGAAUUUACUCUUAAGGAAUUGAUAAAGCAUCAACUGAGGUUCGGUGUGAUAUUAUUUUAGAUGGGUAUGGUUAAUUCCCUUACAAAGUAUGAGAGUAAAAACAAUCAACACAUGCUACAUACGUUAAUUUUAUAACUUGUGAAUGUUAUUAUCAUUCUUAUCAUUAUUCAAUUUUAUCUCAUGAUAAUUGUAUGACUUGUACAUGAAUGGAACUUUGAAAUUAUUGCAAUUGUCUUGUCAAAAUAUUUAUCUAAAUGAUUUUGAUGUUGAAUGUAUUUAUAGGAUCUGUAUUUGUGUCUUAUAUGUUCAUGUUCUUAUGUAGUUUCCAACCAUGAUUGACGAUAUUUUGUUUUCGUCAUUUUUUUUUCAUU